AAGCUCUUAGCCACCAUUAAAUUCAAAAAGAAAAUCCCAUCUUAUAUGAAGCUGGCGAGAAUGGCGAAUAAGCGGAGUAGCAUUGCCGGAACAGCGUGGAGUUUCCUCCGCCUAGCAAUGCUAUCACUAUGGACGAGAAAAAAUGGGGCUUUCAAAAGACGGGUUAAGUUCCUCAAACGCAUCGGACAUUACACAAAAGCUCCUCGUCAUGAUGAGAUCAGCUAUUAUAACGGACGUCAGCUUUCCUUCGAUGAGACCCCUAUUUUCCGCUCGGCCGUUGCUUCUUCCAUGAGGUUUCUUCUCCCUUGCAUUAGUGUCGAAGAAGUUGAUUUUGACUACAAUUUUGGAGUCGAUGAUGAAUGUUGUGAGGUCCACGGGUAUGAUAAUGGGAGGAAGGGUGACUCAACAGUACUCUCCGAUCAGCUGGCUGAGGCUGCGGCGGCGGAGGAAGAGAAAGGGUGUGAAGAAGGGAUCGAUUCAAAAGCGGAGAAGUUCAUAGUUGAGUUUUAUGAGCAAAUGAAGUUACAGAGGCAGAUUUCUUAUUUGGAAUAUACCGAAAUGCUUAAUAGAGGCGCCUCUUGAAUCUUUCUUUAAACAUAAUCUUUGUUUAUGUUGAAUCAUUGGCUAAUAAUGUCAAAAUAAUACUUUUGUAAUAAGAUUUUUCAUUUUCAUGUAAA